GGUGAUCGUUGUCCGCCAGCAGCGGUGGAAAUAACAAUUUGCGAAACAAAAUACCUAACCCGGGAAAGUAGUAAUAAAGUUGUGCAAACCGCGAAUCCGACCGUACUUUAUUUCGGAACGGAGACCAGCUCCCAUUGGGCUUUGGUACCUGUGCAUGUCGGAAGUGUUGUGUCUGCUGUCCUUCGUCGUCGUCCGACUGACGUCGCCAGCGAGCGUGAAAGCAAAAAAAGUGGUGCACAAAUCUUCGCAGAUUACGACGGCGGCCCGGUGUCCGGAUGUUCAAAGUCGCCAGCAAGGGUAUACACCACACGUCGGGCGGUGCGUAGUGCGGUCGUGACCGUGAAGAUUUUUUUUUCGUGCCCAACACGCGCAGUUUCUCAUACCGUGCUGCUGGAAAAUUUCGUAAGAAAACAGCUAAUCGAAGGUAUUUGAGUGUGACAUCGGGUUGGAUGCGCUGGUGAGCAGCCAUUACUUUGCGUUUCGCUUCCGUGUAUGCGCUAGCUUUGAUUUGCCUCUGUGCGGGGUCUGUCUGGUCCGUCGUCAGAGUCUGGUUACCGUUGCCAUUGGCGUAAAAUUUCACGCUUAAACAGCAAAAUUUGGUGUUCCUAGCGAAGCAGUUCUUUGCGGUCGAGCACGUCGUUCGGGCGGAUGGUGGUAUCGCGCAGGAAGUGCUCUAGCAACAGUGUACGGUGGAAAAUUGUCAAAAAUCGAUCCUAGCGUGCGAUUUCCUAUGAAAUUGCGUGUUUGUUUUCGGCGGAGCAAGGUUAUUCUUGAAACAGCCCCGUCAUUCACUGUGAUUUCCACACAACGCUGAAUAUCGUACAAAUUAGGCAAUUGCUGGUCGAAUACUUUCGUGCGUGACCCACGGGGAGGCGGCGGUUCGGGUUGAUAUCCUCGGGUGAGAUCUACCUCCUGUUGUCGCGGCGCAUAAAGAGAAGCCGUGGCCUAACAUAAGAAAGCGAGCAAGACAGAGGCAGCGAUCAUUGGCGUGUGUGUUCGAGCGAGUGAACAAACGAAUCGAACCGAGUUGAACGAUCCGGAGCAGCGCGGAAAGAAAAGCGAAGAAAACCACAAAUAAAAAAUACAGAAAAAAUAUGUUGCCCUUCAAUCCACCGAUCGUAAAGCGGCUGCUCGGCUGGCGGAAACUUCCGUCCGAAGAUCAGGCCGAGGGAAAAUGGUGUGAAAAAGCGGUUAAAAGUUUGGCGAAAAAGUUGAAGAAAUCGAGCGCCCUCGACGAGCUGGAACGGGCCCUCACCACGCAGAGUUGUCACACGAAGUGUAUUCCGAUACCGAGAAAUCGUCCUGCGAAUGGUGAAAAUGGAGUUGCGCUAAGAAAAGGACUCCCUCACGUAAUAUACUGUCGUUUAUGGCGUUGGCCUGACCUUCUGAGCCAGGCCGAGCUGAAAGCGCUCGACUUAUGCGAGUACGCAUAUCAUCUGAAAAAGGACGAGGUGUGCAUCAACCCAUAUCACUACACGCGCAUUGACUCGCAAUCCCAGCACUCGCAGCAACAGCAGCAGCAGCAGCAGCAGCAGCAGCAAGCCCUACAGCAGCCACCGCUGACCAUUCUGGUUCCGAAGAACCUAUCGAACCCUCAGGGAGAGAACUCCGUUACCUAUACCUUGGACGAUCUUAGUAAUACCGUACCAGUCAACAUACAGUACAACGCAUUAAACGAUAACUAUGUAACCAGUCCGCAGCCGUCGCAAGUAUCAACACAACAGCUUCAUCAGCAGCUGCAGCAGCAGCAGCAACUUCAGCAACAACAGCAGCACCAACAACAACAGCAGCAUCAGCAGCAACUGUCCGCACCGUGCUACAUGGAGGCAACGCUCGGUCAGCAGAUACCGACCAACACGACGAUUAUGGACUCGGUCAGUGUCGGCGUGGGCAACAUACCGAACACCGAGACGCCACCGCCCGGCUACAUGUCCGAGGACGGCGAUCCGCUCGAUCAGAAUGAUAAUAUGACCGAUUUGUCCCGAAUGUCGCCGGCCGAGAUGGAUGCACAGCCCGUGAUGUACCACGAGCCGGCCUUUUGGUGCUCGAUCAGUUACUACGAGCUGAACCUUCGCGUCGGCGAAACGUUCCACGCGUCCCAGCCGUCGAUCACGGUGGAUGGUUUCACCGAUCCUUCCAAUUCGGAACGGUUCUGCUUGGGGCUGCUUUCCAACGUGAACCGCAACGAAGUGGUCGAGCAGACGCGCCGUCACAUUGGCAAGGGCGUCCGGCUGUACUACAUCGGGGGCGAAGUGUUUGCGGAGUGUUUGAGCGACUCGAGCAUCUUCGUGCAGAGCCCUAACUGCAACCAGCGGUACGGAUGGCAUCCGGCAACGGUAUGCAAAAUCCCACCAGGUUGCAAUUUGAAGAUCUUCAACAAUCAGGAAUUCGCCACACUGCUCUCGCAGUCCGUCUCGCAGGGUUUCGAGGCGGUCUACCAGCUGACCCGGAUGUGCACCAUCCGAAUGUCGUUCGUCAAAGGCUGGGGAGCAGAAUACCGCCGCCAAACCGUUACCUCAACUCCGUGCUGGAUAGAACUGCAUUUAAACGGUCCACUCCAGUGGCUGGACCGUGUCCUCACCCAGAUGGGCUCACCUCGAUUGCCAUGUAGUUCUAUGUCUUAAGGCGACCGAAUUAAAAGAUAGCGAGAAAGAAGAGAAGGAGCAGCGCAGCAGUUCCUGUCUGUUGUCACCGUUUCGAUCCUACGCGCUGUGGAGUGAUUGUGUGUGUGUGUGGGUGUGUGUGUGUGUAUGCAGUGUCGAUAACGGUCCUUUUUUGGUGCGCCGUGGACUUUCGGAAAGCAUCAAGCUUCAUUUAUUAAUGAUGUAGGUGUUAUUUUGCUUUACGCGUUUUUUGACACCCUCGUACAGUGAUAACGUAAUUGAUUUUGUGUGUGACCGACACUCUUUCACUAGCAGAACUGAUGGUGAACUUUAAUCCGUUAUCAUGUUUUAAAUAAUGAGACAAAGUUAAGGUACAGGAGAACCUUGAUUACCCGCGGUGGAGAACAGUCGGCGAUCUAUACCUAGUUCAAAACAUCGAGAAAACAAUUCAGAUCAACACUUGAAAAAGUGUUUAAAAACAUAGGACGUAACAUAGUUAUAUAUAUAUAUAUAUAUAUAUAGUCAAAAGUAAGAGUAGUUACUAGAAAAAACAAUUCAACAGGCGAAAUGUUAGUAAAAACUAUGAAUGUGUACAAAAAAACAGCAACGAUCGCGGAUAAUCGAGGCUCUGCCGUACUUUGAAUUCAUUCGUGCAGUGCUACAAUUUUAGUUUUAUUGUUUUUUGUUAGUUCUUUGAUCAUGGCAAGUGGAGUGCUAUAUUGUUAGAUGUUAUCACUUUCAAUUCGUAUUUUCCUGGGGAAAAGAAAGCGUUCGUCGGACGUACGAGUGUCGCAUUAACAA